AAAUUGAAUUUUUAAUUUUUAAAACGACGUUAGAAGCGGAGGACGGGAGGAGGGUUACUCGAGGAACGUCGAGCGGCAGCAUCUGCAGCGCCGCCUAUGCCAAUUGGAUCCGCCGGCCGUCUUGUGAGUUCAUGGCAGAUAGGAUUUCCGGUUUGCAAGUGAUAGUGUUGCUUUGAAAAAUUAAUAAAGCUGGAUUUCGUUGUGAUAUUAGCAUCGAUAUGGCUGAUCAUAAACGAGAGGCAAGUUUCAAGAAUGAAGAUCUGGUUACGAAGAGGUCCAAAAUUACUGAUAUCAACAUAGGUUUAGAAAGUAAAAAUAAUAAUGGAGACUGUACAAAAGUGUGGAAUCAGUCAGUUUCAGAUGAAAUGAAUGGCAAGAAAGGAAACAAUUCUGAUGAGAAGCUCUUUGGGAAAGCUGACAACAAUAGUCAAGUAUCUGUAACCCGUAAUUCAUCAGAGGAUGUAUCUUCACAUAAUUCUGUAGACUCAAAACAGCAUAUGAUUAGGGUAACAUGUAUUGAAGCUGAUGCAGCAGAGGAUAAAGGUUCAAGACACACUAUGGAGGAUGCAUGGGUGGUCCUUUUAGAUGCCAGCUUGGAAACUCCUGGAAAACUUAGAUGUGCUCAUUUUUCAAUUUAUGAUGGACAUGGUGGUCGCAUGGCUGCUGAAUAUGCACAGAAGCAUCUACAUCCAAAUGUUCUUGCAGCAGGGUUACCACGUGAGUUGAUGGAUAUCAAGGUGGCUAAGAAGGCUAUCAUCGAAGGUUUUCGUAAGACUGAUGAAUCAUUAUUUCAAGAAAGUGCUAAAGGAAAUUGGCAAGAUGGGGCCACUGCUGUCUGUGUGUGGGUCUUAGGGGAAAUGGUAUUAAUUGCUAAUAUUGGGGAUGCUAAAGCUGUAUUAGCACGUUCAGUUGGUGAAGAGAAUUCACAAGCUCUAUCAGACAAAACACGAUCUCAACUGAAGGCCAUUGUUGUGACAAGGGAACAUAAAGCAAUCUAUCCACAAGAACGUGCACGUAUCCAGAAGGCUGGAGGUUCUGUGAGUUCUAAUGGACGAUUGCAAGGACGACUUGAGGUUUCUAGAGCAUUUGGAGAUCGACAGUUCAAGAAGGUUGGAGUUAUUGCGAUCCCUGAUGUCCAUUCUUUUGAGCUUACGGAACGUGAGCACUUCAUGAUUCUUGGUUGUGAUGGCUUGUGGGGGGUUUUUGGGCCCAGUGAUGCUGUAGAUUUUGUCCAGAAACAGUUACAGGAUACAGGAUCAGCUACCACCGCAGCCCGUCGUCUCGUUAGGGAAGCUGUCCGCGAAAGACAAUGCAAGGAUAACUGCACAGCUUUAGUUAUCUUAUUCAAGCAUGUUGGUGGCUCAUGAAUGUAUCUAGUUCUAUUGGCACAUUCUAUCAAAAUCUAGAGAGCCAAAAACUCUCGUAUCAAGCACCUAUUUUUCUUAAGAGUCAGCUGAAAUGGGAAAGUAUGGAUGAACUUCUUGGCAUUCGUCGCACCCUUCGUAGGCAAACAGUUUGUGGAUGAGUAUGUGUCUAGUCGUUAUGACCUUUUUCUUAUGAAUUGGAGUGGAUUUAUAGAUGAUAAGUGGAGCAUAGAACAUACAAGAAUUGUUGUAGCUUGUGGCAACGUCUUCGAGUUUUUACCAGAAACAUCACAUACAAUGCAUUCUUACAUUACUAUGUUCGAUUA